UUUGACUGCUCCGAGUGUGGCAAGAGCUUCACCCGCUAUGACCACCUGCAGCAGCACAACCGCGUGCACUCCGACGAGAGGCCCUUCAACUGCUUGGAAUGCGGCAAGAGCUUCACCCACUACAGCAACCUGCUGCGGCACAACCGCAUGCACUUCAGCGAGAGGCCCUUCACCUGCUCCGAUUGCAGCAAGAGCUUCAAGAUGGCAAAACACCUGAAGGUGCACCGGCGGGUGCACACGGGCGAGAAGCCCUCUGGGUGCUCCACCUGUGGUAAGAGGUUUGCCCAGUUGUCAGAGCUGCAGAAGCACCGGCGGCUGCACAGCAGUGAGCAGCCCUUCACCUGCUCCGACUGCGGCAAAAGCUUCAAGUCGUCGCCGGACCUGAAGAGACCCAUGUGCCUGCACACUGGGGAACGACCCUACACCUGCAACGACUGCGGCAAGGGCUUCACCCAUUCCAGCUACCUGCUGGUGCACCAGCGCACCCACGCCGGCGAGCGUCCGUACACCUGCGCCCAUUGCGGCGAUGGUUUCGCCCAGUCCAGUCACCUGCUGGUUCACCAGCGAACCCACACCGGCGAGCGCCCUUUCACGUGCGCUCAGUGCGGCAAGAGCUUCACCCGCUCCAGCACCCUGCUGGUGCACCAGCGCACUCACACUGGCGAGCGUCCCUAUACCUGUGCCCAGUGC